AGAAGCGAUGCUUAUUAAUGCGUUAAGAUAUAAAUAGCAUUACGAUUUUUUUUCCAAUGAUUUCAGGAAUAUCCUAUUAUAUGACAGAGACGUUAAAGAAUGUACACUAUUACGAUUUUCUUAGUCACUUUGGUAGCAGGAACCAAUGUAAGUUGAUAUACAAUAUUAAAAGAAACCAAAACAUUUAUCGAAAUUAGCUAACUGAAAUAAAUAAUGCAAACAAAGGUAUUUUAUGUUUAGUACAUUUUCAGCAAUAUGACGUUGAACUUUGUGGCCAAAGACAUUUUAUGUCGCUUUUCAGUUGUAUUGAUACACAAAUCUGUAUUUUUAACUCUGGCUAAAUGUUUUUUUCUAAAGCUUUCAAUAAAGGUAUAUGUAUGGCAUUGAGCUGGCAUCUACAUCUUAAACAAUAAAAAAAAAAAUUAAGUACAAGAUUAAGCAAAGAUAAAGAUUCUUUUUUUGAUCCAAAUAAAUUUAAAUUUUGUAUGAUUGCAUUGCACAUGUUCAGCACAUAAAUAAAAAAUUUUGAACACAAGAAAUUUAUAAUAAACUUUUUCAAUAGUAAAAAAAAAAAAUUAAAAAAUGUAACAAUGUAACACUGUGUUCAACAGAGCACAAGAUAAGAUUCUAGAUAAUAACACAAACGAGUGUGUAUAUUUGUGUCCACAGCCGUGCGCAGUUAGGAUUCAUAAUGACGUGGAAUUCUGAAAAAAAAAAUUCUGAUAAAAUAAAGCAUUCUUUAUGCCAGUAUAUAAUCUAUUAUAAGAACGUAUUAUUAUUAUAAAUGUCAAAUAAAUUUAAUAAAAUCAAAUAAUAAUUGUUAAUAUUUAUCUGAAUGUGAGAGGUAAGGAAUUGAAUCAGAGAAGACUGACAUUCUUUGAUCCCAUCUUUGUAUGGCUAGUUAUUAAUUUGAAAGCAACCUAAUUUCUUACAUCAAAAUCUAGUAGGGCACUUUUUUAAUUACUAUAUUUGUUAUUUGUAAUUUAAGGGAGAGUAAAAUUAAACAGGGUUGAUAUUGAUCGUUUUUAUGUCCUUGGUUCAUGUCGUUUAUUCCGUCAUAAAUGUUUCUGAUUUAUAUGUAAAGUAAUUUCUUUUGCUGCCCACGGAUACUACUUCUAAGCCAAGUGCUAUUUUCUAUUUUUUAUCUUAUUUUCAUACCGUUGUUUCUGUUGUUUUGUUCGCCGACGAAGGCUUUCUUCCGACACGUUCGUUGUUUUGUUGAAUUCCUUUUUUAAGGUUUAACCCUACUUUAUUUCACUAAUUUUAUAUUAAGUAUUGUAUACCUUUUGGAGUCUCUGAAUUUUGUUUUGAAGGAAACCCCACUGACAACUGUUACAGUUAUCUAAAUUUGGUAACACAUUAUUUUAACGAUGAGCAAAAUCAAAUAUUAAAUUUCGUGUUUAAAACUGUGCAACAUGGCAUCAUACUUGAUUACCAGAUUGUCAAUAAGAAGUGGGGGGGGGGGAAUAUUGAUGCUGACUAUGAAACACAGUUUGGGGGAAGGGUGAUGCUCAUCUCAAACUAUAAGACAUAAUUUAAAAAUGUCCACUUUAUUUUAACCGCUACUAACUAAUAAUCUUUUGAUCUUAAAUUCAAUUAAGGUUCUUUUCCUCUUCCACGUAAUACUUUAUUUAAUGGAGAAAAAAAACAACUAAACUGUAAGUCUAUAAUUGGAAAAAUCUAAAAAGAAAAUAGCUUGAUUAUGGUAUUACCGUACAGCUUUUGAUACUAUAAAAUAUUCCUUAACUUCAAUAUGUUACUAACGUUCAAUAUAAGUCUUGUCUGGAUACGAUGAUUUCGAUUAGGACUUUAAAAUGUUUAGCCUUCCUUAUUUCUUCGUAUUGUAAAAUCAAAUCAUUUAACAUUAUAAUUCAAAGCAUGUUCAAAAUCUUUUAAUCUAUUUGGCAAAAAAUAUAAUAAUUUUGAAUUGAAUGUCUGCGUGCUACUUUUUUUUUACCUAUGUAUGUAUAUAUAUAUAUAUAUAUAUAUAUGUAUAUAUACAUAUACAUAUAUUAUUCCUAAAGUUUAGCAACUACUCUCAGAACAUAUUUUCUAGAAGAAAUCGUAUACACAUAUGUUUUAAUAUACAUUAUAUUCUUUAAUUCUUUAUGUUAUAAUAUUUUCAUCUUACAAAUGUUUAACAAAAUGUAUUUUGAAUGACUGACCUUGCCCUUUAGGGAUUGGAAGGUAAGACAUGCAGUUGGAGUUUCGACUGCGGAGAGGAUGAGUGUUGCCAUCCGUUGCACUCGAAGAGAUUUCUGGAUGAUAUAAUACAGAUUGGGCCAAGAUUAGGUCAGUGGUCAUUAAAUAUGUUUACUUUGUGAGCCUCAGAUUGAUUAAUUCUUAUGCAUAUAAAGAAUUUAAAUACUUUUGUUUAUACCCUAAAUAUAUUAGUACUUAUGUAAAUAACCUUCAUGAAUAUUGUUGUUUAAAACUUAAGAUACAUUAGUACUUAUUUAAUUAACACAUAAUUUAUGACUUAAAACAAUGUAUAUUGAUAACGCUAUCAAUAUUGUUUAUAAACACUUACGUUUCGAACCAAAUUAAACUCAAACACAUGGAAAUUACUAUAACUAUAUACGUCCCCGACAAUAUUUGCAAAAUUCAAAUGACACAAUUGAAUUUUUUUUUUAAAUACCUUGUCAAUAAUAUGUAUAAACGAACUUGAAGGUAUUAAUUACACAAUACUUUGUGUGCUUCAUUUCAUAGGCAUGUGCCAGCAAUUCAGUUUAGAAGGUCAGUACUGUACAGAAACUGGAGGAUGUCAGUGCGCACCUGGCCUAGAAUGCCAUUUCUUCGCUGAUGACCUCUCUACAACAACUGAAGCCUCCAUUACGGCCUACAUACUAAACGCAGAGCAGCAUUUCAGGUGUAGGCCUGUUCAAACGUGAUUCGUUGAUCACGUGACGUGGUCUCAAUGGAUUUCAUUAAAAUAAAAAAAAAGUCCUACACAUAUAUCAAAUUCAAAUUGUCUGUGUUCGCCAUUUUUAUUGUGAAAUGUAUUUUCAUUUUGUUUCAAUCUCUCUGGAAUUUGUUAAACACGUUUCCUUUUAAAGUAUGUCUUUGUUAAAUUCUAUCCUCCAAAACCUUUAAAUAGAUAUGUAUAUUGCCUUAAACAGAAAAUGUAGUCAAAAGACAGCCUAAACAAUUCGAC